CUCAGCUCUGUUAAUUUGGUACUCAAACAGCUAGCAGGAAGCUCCGUUAAGGAAUUGACCAGAACAGGUGUAAUGGCCCGGUGAUGUGUCCCUGACCCGAGGAGUGACGUGACACCCAGGACUCUGUGUCAAGAGCAGUGCCCAGGGCAGAGAGACCCAGCCCAGCCAUGACAGAGUGCUUCCUGCCCCCCAGUAGCAGCCCAGCGGAGGUUCGUCGGGCGGAGCACCCGGGAGGGGUGGCUCGUACCCCCAGCUCGGAGGAGAUCAGCCCCACCAAGUUCCCCGGACUGUACAGGACGGGCGAGCCCUCGCCCCCCCACGACGGACACCACCACCAUGAGGUCAUCGACGCCGUGUCGGAUGAUGAUAAAGAACACGGGAAGAAGAAGAACAAGUUCAAGAAGAAGGAGAAGAGGACGGAGGGAUACGCAGCCUUCCAGGAGGACAGCUCGGCGGACGAGGCUGAGAGCCCCUCCAAGAUGAAGCGUUCAAAGGGGAUUCACGUGUUUAAGAAACCCAGCUUCUCCAAGAAGAAAGACUUCAAGGUGAAGGAGAAGUGUCCCAAGGAGGACAAGAAGGACAAGAAGUCCAAAGACCUGACGGCUGCUGACGUGGUGAAACAGUGGAAGGAGAAGAAGAAGAAGAAGAAGCCAAUGGCCGAGCCGGAGCCCGUCCCCGUGGAGAUACCUGCGUUCAGACCCAUCUUUGGGGCUCCCCUGGCUGAGGCAGUGAAGAGAACAGCCCUGUACGACGGGAUCCAGCUCCCUGCGGUCUUCAGAGAGUGUAUCGACUACAUCGAGAGCUACGGAAUGAGAUGUGAAGGAAUCUACCGUGUGUCAGGUAUGAAGUCUAAAGUGGAUGAGCUGAAGGCAGCGUAUGACCGCGAGGAGUGUCCGUGCUUGGAGGAGCAUGACCCUCACACUGUAGCCAGCCUGUUGAAACAGUACCUCCGAGAGCUACCUGAGAACAUGCUGGGGCGAGAGCUGGCUCAGCGCUUUGAGGACGCCUGCAGUAGACCGGCUGAGGCUGAGAAGGUGACAGAGUUCCAGCGUCUCUUAACGGAGGUGCCCCACGGCAGCCGCCUGCUCCUGUCCUGGCUGGUCACUCACAUGGACCAUGUUAUCACGAGAGAGACCGACACCAAGAUGAAUAUCCAGAAUAUAUCCAUCGUACUCAACCCCACUGUACAGAUUGGUAACAGGGUCCUGUACAUGUUCUUCACCCACGUGAGAGAGCUGUUUGGGGAAGUGUUCCUGAGGCCCGUAUCCCGUCCCCUCCGCUGGUCCAACGCUGCCACCAUGCCGGCCCUGCCGGAGACACAGGACAGCAUUAAGGAGGAGAUACGACGACAGGAGUUCCUGCUGAACUGCCUUCACAGAGACCUCCAGGCUGGGGUGAAGGAUCUGUCUAAAGAGGAGAGGCUCUGGGAGGUCCAACGCAUCCUCACCGCUUUAAAACGCAAACUACGGGAGGCCAAGAGACAGGAGUGUGAGACUAAGAUAGCCCAGGAGAUAGCCAGUCUCUCUAAAGAAGACGUGUCUAAAGAAGAGAUGACUGAGAACGAAGAAGAGGUGGUCAACAUACUGCUGGCACAGGAGAAUGAGAUCCUGACGGAGCAGGAGGAGCUGAUAUCUCUGGAGCAGGUGUUGAGGAGACAAAUCGCUACAGAGAAGGAGGAGAUCGAGAGACUGAGGGCCGAGAUCGCUGACAUACAGAGUCGUCAACAGGGUCGCAGUGAGACAGAGGAGUACUCUUCAGACAGCGAGAGUGAGAGUGAAGACGAGGAGGAACUACAGAUGAUCCUGGAAGAGCUGCAGAAACAGAACGAAGAACUGGAGAACAAGAACACCCACUUCAACCAGGCCAUCCACGAGGAGCAGGAAGCCAUCUUGGAACUGCGCGUUCAGCUCCGCCUCCUCCAGACCCACAAGCUCCAGCAGCAGGAGCUGACAGCCCCACCUCCAGCAGAACAGGCUCCGCCCAUACAGCCCAGCCCCGAGGCGAGGAGCGAGGAGCAGACCAAACGUUCCGUAGCUGCCGUGGUAUCCGCUGCAGCAGCAGAGCCAGUGGUGGCGGUCGAAGCUAAGAACGGGAAAGCUACCACUGCCAAGGAUCCCCCUAAACCUUCCCCUGGUAGAGAUAGGAGGGAGACCAACCUGCCCUAGUAGAGAUAGAAGGGAGACCAACCUGUGAGCACCUCUCCCUGGCCUCUAUCCAUCCCUCUCUCCCUGGCCUCUAUCCACCACUCUCUCCCUGGCCUCUAUCCAUCCCUCUCUCCCUGGCCUCUAUCCACCCCUCUCUCCCUGGCCUCUAUCCACCCCUCUCUCCCUGGCCUCUAUCCACCCCUCUCUCCCUGGCCUCUAUCCACCCCUCUCUCCCUGGCCUCUAUCCACCCCUCUCUCCCUGGCCUCUAUCCACCCCUCUCUCCCUGGCCUCUAUCCACCCCUCUCUCCCUGGCCUCUAUCCACCCCUCUCUCCCUGGCCCCUAUCCACCCCUCUCUCCCUGGCCUCUAUCCAUCCCUCUCCCU